AUGGUCGAUGAAGUGGAAAAAUUUUUUCGAGCCCGAUGGACAUAUUUCAUGCUAGGUAUAGAUAAGGAAAAAGUGUACCGUCUAUUGAAAGAAUUCAACACGUCCUUAAUUGACGAGAAUGAUGUGGAUGGUUAUAUAGCCGUUUGCGAAGACGUCGUACCGGGUUAUGACGUCACCGACCAGAGCCUUCACAAAUGUUUUUGUAAGGCUCUUAUAAGAAAUUUAGUAAAAGUAACAAAUGGCAGCAGGACGUAUACAUACAAAGACACAACGUUGGAAGUGCAGAACAUGAAGCCGAAUGCACCAUGUGAUAUAUUGAAUUUGUGGUUAUUAUUAUAUAUAUUGAAAUAUGGGGUGCAAGGGAAUGAUAUUCUCUAUGUAUUCACAGCAAUAAGUAAUUUAAGCGAGGUAUUUAACCCAAUGGAACAUGAGAAUUGUAAAUAUACAGGUACAUUCACAGCCGAGCUAAAGAAGGACGGAAGUAGUAUUUUCAAAGACAUUUAUAACUGGUUUUUGAAUCAUGGCACUGCGAACAUAAGGGGGGCAAUGGAUAGCAAAACUGCAUGUAAUGAAAAAAGUAGGAAGGAUGACCCGAGUGGUGGAGGUGCAAGGAGGGAACUGGGAAAUAUAAAUUCCAAACUGGAGAAAAAGUUGCAAGAAGUUCUCGAAGUUAUAGAGGAGUUGCUUCCCAUAGUUGAAGAAAUUGAAGGGGAAGCAGCUCGACUUCCUCCACCACCAUCUCCACCAGGUGAAGAAUGUAAGGAUAAACCUAAACUAUGUGAUCGUGUAACAUGUGUUGCAGAAAAGUGGAAGGGAGACAAGCAUAAGACGGACUACAAUGAUAUUUGGGGGGACAUCCAAGCCAGGGUUCCUGAUCUUUUCAACGCUAUAUCAAAACCAAACCCCGAUAUAGACAAAAAGUAUUGCUAUGGUACUCAAUGGACAGAUGGUAAUGUGACUUUUGCAGAAAUGGAAGCAUGCCGAUACAUUGCUAGGGGAUUGCGCCGUAUAUAUAGCACUAAGACAGACGGCGAAGAGCAGGACGAUAGGGCCAAGAAUGAUCAAAAAUUCAAAAGAACUAUGGAAUGUCUUUUACUGAACGCAUACGCGGACCUUCUCAAGGAAAAAUUGAAGGAUAGGUGCUCCGUGGAGAGGGGCAUAACCCGCGCCUUCAAUAAAAGUACACAAAUUAAGAAUGAAACAGAUCCAUGUAAGGGUGAUAAUAGCUGCACGGUAUGUUUUAAGGAAGAAUAUAAGGAUUGUGAAAUAGGAGGACAGAAUGUAAAGGGCAAAGCGAAAGAAAUGCUCGACCAGCAGCAAGACGAAAUACAGAAAUUUCUACAAGAAAUAUGCAAAGACUGCAGCAAGGAGAACGGCCUAUGUAAACGUGCACAAUGUGUAACAACGAAUUGGUUUAGGGACAGAUUAUCUAAUGCGGGGGAUGGAAGACAAAACUGGUGUCAAAUUUGGGGGGAUAGGGACGUUGGGAAAGUACUAGGAGAACUGUCUACUGCUAUGAAAACUCUGAGCACAAACGACAGUGAUCUAUGCCAAAACAUUACAGGGACAAAUGGUGCAUCUGCAGAAGUAAACAUGAAGGUAUGUCAAUAUAUUACUAAGGGGUUAGAACGUAUAUAUAAUUUUUCGGAACAUGGGAGCAGUGCUCAAGAGAAGAAAAAUAACAGAAUAUUUGAUCAAACUAUGGGAUGUAUCAUCUUGAACAUAUACGCAGAUAUGUUGGAAAAACAAUCUUGUAUAAGUGAAGAUGUUAUAAAUCAGGCCUUUGGUAAAAGUGAACAAAUUAAGGAUAAGGUAUCUAUAUGCAACGGUGAUAGUAAAUGUUUUGAAUGCAAGAGGGAAGUAAAUUUAAAUUGCAAAGUAGACGUCGAUGUAAACCUAUGGUAUAAAAAACAAAUAAAUGGAAAAGACUGUGAAACAGACAAAGGAUAUGUAAAGAAAAAAGUCGAAGAGUUGUUCAAGAGCAAUGCAGAAAUAACAGAAACUCUAGGGAAGAUCUGUCCAGAGGAUGAACAAUCGAAGGCUGCAAAGCCGGAAGAAGGAUCCACUCCAGCUCCUCCACCUGCUCCUUCUGCUGCUGGUUCUGAAGAAGGUCGUAGUGCUGUUUUAAAAGCACGCAGGGCUGCUGAAAUUAGUAACAAGAUCGACCCGUCUCAUCUUACUUCAUAUGUCCCUCUUGCUCCUGCCAUGAUUGGAAUCACGGUUAUGAGCUACAUGCUCUGGCAGUAUUUUGCCUUUCUUGGUAAGGGAAGAAAACGCUUCAGAAGAGCUCCUCAAAUACGUAGUCCAUCCUUACAAGAACAACUGCUUGCUCAUGUGGACGACCAGGCAGAUGGUCCACAUGCAUAUACCUUAGUAAAGGAACGCAAACCUCGUUCUACGCCUAAAAAAAGGAGGAAAAAACGGGAUCUUGGUCGUCCCCGUGCUGCUCGUCGUGGUGUACGUCGCCGCAUGAUUAUUGAUAUCCAUUUAGAAGUCUUAGACGAAUGUCAAAAACGGGACCUGCAUUUGAUGAAGGAAGACUUUUUUGAAAUUUUGGUCAAAGAAUUUAUGGGAUGUGAAUUCAUAAAAGAAGGCUUCAUUCCUAAGAAACAAGUUUCUAUGGUUGAUGUUCCUAAGGAAACUGUUCCAAGUUCAGAUUCCGGGUUUAGGGAGGAAGACUUCGUUCCUAAGGGAGGUGUUGCUAUGGAACAGGAUCCAUGUUCAGAUUCCGGUUUUAGGGAGGAAGACUUCGUUCCUGAGGGAAGUAUUCCUAAGGAACAGGUUCCAAGUUCAGAUUCAGGGUUUAGUUUUGAUAUUCCGAAGGAACAGGUUCCAAGUUCAGAUUCCGGGUUUAGGGAGGAAGACUUUUGUUGCUGA